UCAUCAUCUCACAGAGAAAACUAACCGCAACACUAAACCCUAAGAAAACCAAAACCUGACCUCCAUCAGAAUCUCAUAACAUGAACCCUCUCUUCCGAUGCGGCCAUCGUCUUCUUCGCCCAAUUCCAUCCACCGCCGCCAUUCGCAUCUCCGGCUGCUUUUACUCCCAGCCAACAGCAGCUAGGAAAGAAGAGGAGCACGAGAUCUUUGACCAGCGGAAGCUGCCGGCGGACUACGAUCCGGCAAACUUCGACCCCACCGACCACCGUGGCCCUCCGACUGCCCGUGUCUGGCGCCUCGUCGACGAGGUCUCCUCUCUCACUCUUUCCGAGGUCACCGACCUCUCUUCAAUCCUCGCCUCCAAGCUCCGGAUGAAAGAACCGCCGGUCAUCGCCGUCAUGAACUCUGGCACCGGAUUCGCUGGUGGGAUAUCUCCGGGUGGCAACGAGGCUGGGGUCACGAAGGAGGAUAAGAAGCAGGAGAAGACGGUGUUUGAGCUGAAGCUGGAGUCUUUCGAGGUUGCGUCCAAGAUAAAGGUGAUCAAGGAGGUUAGAGGGUUCACUGAUUUGGGGCUGAAAGAGGCCAAAGAGUUGGUGGAGAAGACACCAGUUGUUAUUAAGGGUGGGGUGUCCAAGGAGGAGGGGCAGCAAAUAAUUGAGAAAAUGAAGGCUGUUGGAGCGAAGGUGGUGUUGGAGUGAUGAUGAUGAUGAUGAUGAUGAUGAUGAUGAUGGUUAAAAAGAUGAGAAACCAUUGAAAAAAGAGAAAUCUCUGCAGCUGACGAGAAGAGAAUUUUAUAAUUCUCUGUUUCAUGAGCUAUUGAAUUCAAUUCAGGGAGAUACACAUAUGAAACUCUGCUGUAAGUUGAUCCCUUGUAUCUCUUUCAUCACUAAUAAUACCAUAUGAUUGAUUAUUGGCUACAAAGGAGAACAAAUGAAUCAGUUGUGAUUAGGUUCUGAUUGUUGCGGUCAUUAUGUUACUGACAUUAUUAUUGAAUAAACAUGAUCCUGUGCUGAAUUUGAUCUCA